CUGCCCUUUACAUCUACUCAUCAAAUCCCACUAUUAUUUCCAACUUUCCGAUCCCACAAUUUAUAAACACAAAUUAAUAUAUCCCUUUAUAACAAACACGCCAAAACACACCGAUCAAAAGAGAUUAGCCGAAACGCAAAUUCUGCACUGUCAUGGAGAUCAAAGUGGAAUCAUCAAAAUCUCAGAUUCAUCGUCAAAACCACGUCAAAGAACAGAACACGAAAAUCCCUCUCUUGAUCAAAGAUGAUCACGUUCCCAAAGAACAAUCAGAACCCGUAGACCAGAAAACGCUCGUCCAAAAAGCCAUCAGCCAAACCUUCCAGAGCACGGCCCACUUGGCCAACCUGCUACCGACCGGGACCGUCCUCGCCUUCCAGCUCCUCGCCCCGAUCUUCUCCAACCUAGGCCAGUGCGACCCGGUAAGCCGGUUGAUGACCGCCGGCCUCGUCGUUCUCUGCGGAGCCUCGGCGUUUCUGGUCAGCUUCACCGACAGCUUCAGGGACAAGAACGGAAACGUAUGUUACGGCGUCGCCACGCUCACUGGCCUUUGGGUCAUCGACGGCUCCGCCAAGCUACCGAAUGAAGAAGCCGACAAGUACCGGCUUCGGUUUAUAGAUCUUGUGCACGCUUUCAUGUCGGUUUUUCUGUUCUUGGCGAUUGCGUUGUUUGAUCAGAAUGUCGUGAGCUGCUUCUAUCCGACGCCGUCCGAUGAAGCGCAGGAGGUCCUCACCGCGUUGCCGGUCGGGAUUGGCGUGAUGUGCAGUUUGUUGUUUGUUGUGUUCCCGACGAAACGGCAUGGGAUCGGAUUUCCUCUCUCUGCGAAUUGAUCAUCCAUGUACGCCGUAUAUAAUAUUUGUAACGUACGUACGUACUUGCUGUU